AUGGCUGACCAACACAAGGUGGGUCGUCUCCCUUCCAACUUCAAUAGAACUCUGCUGACUCCAUCCCCUUCUCAUACUUCCAGAAAACACUUCAUCACUGUGGUAAAGAGAGAUUACAUAGCACAUGAAGUGUUGCCACAGAAACCUAAACCAUCUGAAAAGCAUGUCAAGAGACAUGAGAAUACAGAUUUGACCUCCACUUACCUCCUCCUACACUAUGUCUCAAGUAUCAUCAUGUCUGUCCUGGAGGAUGAGGAGACAUACCCCCAGGACCAAGAUGGAUAUAAGAACCACUUACAAAGGUCUGAGGAGCUCAUGAAGCAUGAGACCCUUUUUGUGUUUGCUGUGGAUUUAUUCUGUGAAUGUACAAGAGAUGCAUACAAGAAGCACAGACACAAUGCACGAGCUCUACUGCUGGUGAAACAGCAGGGGCAUCAGGGAGAGCAAAGCCAAGGGCCGAGGAGAUGCCACAGAGCAGAGCUUGCUCACACCAAGAUGAGCUGCAAGCCUCUGAACCUGGCAAACCAGAGGCAGCAUUCCAAUGCACAGCGUUUCGGGACAGAGCAGAUCAGACCAAACAAUGGGUUUGCUCCAUCAAAAGAGAAAUUUUACCACAGAACCAUUGUCCAGAAUGACAGUUUCUACAGGGGACUUGUUGCCACUCAAAGCUGUAAACCUCUGAAUCCAGGCCAGAAAAACAAGGCUCCCUUUGAGUACAUAACCAAUUACAGGAUGAAUUAUGUGCCAUCUCCUCUGGUGAAACAUUAUGUCCAUAAAAUUCAGAUAUACAAGGUCAAUUAUGUUUCAUUUGAUGGUCUCACUACACACAAAUUUUCCUACCAGGGGUGGGCUGGUCAGCCAGCUAAGAUUCCAAAACCAUACCAGACAAAACCAGCCCCUGUCUUCUUUUCUCCAACAACUGAAUUUCAGGAAAGACACAAAGCUUGACUACAGCCUCCUGUAUUCACCAGAAAACCUGAUAUUUAUCUUCCUCCACUGGAGAAAAUGGACAUUCACACCAAUACUUGGACACAUUGGAAGCACCUAAAUGAAAAGCAAGCCAAAAUGUGUAGAUCUUUGGCCCAGCUUAAUAAAAUUACUGAGCCAUUUAACAGCUCUUCUACAGUGAAGGAAGACUAUAAGCCUUGGCUAUGAAAUGGACUAAAACCCAUCACUGAUGCUCCGACUUUCCCAGCAAAACCAAUAGAUUUCUUGGCUACAUUUUGGACCCAUCAUGGACCUCAUUCUCUCACAGUUAUGUAAACCUACAAGCCUGUCUGGUCAGGCCCAAAGCAUCACAGUCUCCCAGAUGCUAAAACAACCUACACUGCCAGUUACACACCAAAGGGCUUUGCUAGAUGCCUGGCCCCUUACAAAGACCCACCCAGUUACAUCUUUGAGAAAACUGAUGCUGACAGCUUGAUUUUGUUUGGUAAACAAACUUCUUAUAAACCAGUUGCUGUUUUCAUAUUUGGAGAACUCCUAAAAUAAACUUAAUUCCCUGGCACUGACUCUUUCUGGUCAUACAAGUGAAGAAAAUAAAAUCCAGGGAAAAGACAUUGAUUUUUGUUUCUCUGUAUUUUUUUUUAUUUUUUUCCUACCUAACUCUUGAUUAUUGAUUGAGAGAGGUCCUCCUCCUGAGACGGUAAUAGAAAGAUCUCUUAGUAAUAAACUUUAUUAUGGAUGAAAAGGGCUCCAUAAAAACAGAGGUGGAACAGGCAAAUUGCCUGACGUGAAGUCACAUGUAAAAGUCAUUGCUGGAUAACAGAGUCUGAUAUCUGGCCUUUUCCUAUAUUCCCAUCAAAGACACAUACAAAAGGUACAAUUACCAUAUAAAUAUUAUUGCAUAUUGCACCUUCAUAAAUUGUGUCACUGUGCUGUCCAGAACUAGGCUAUCAGAUGGGAGGUUUGUGUGCCAAAGAUGCCACCCCAGGCUGACGUCUUGUAAGAGAACUUUUUCAGUAAAAGCUCCUCACUUCAGGGUUCUGGAUAGGUACCAGAAACAUCAAAGAGUUGAAAUUGUCACAUGUUGCUGUAGCUCAGAGUUGCAUUAUGUUUUGAAUAAAGCCAUUAUUAAGAUUCUGACCCUAACUGUUCGUUUCUGUGUCCAAAGUGCUUUCUGGAGGCUUAUGAGUGUUCUAUUGGCACUCUGAAACUUCCUGACUUCUUAAGCACAUUCUACUUUCCUAAAUCCUCCUCUCCCUUACUCCUGGCAGCUCUGGCUGUUCCUGAGUAUGUAGCUCAAGUGCUAGGUAAAGUUGUUGCAUGCUUGGUGAUUCUUGUGGGUCCUUUCCAACUCAGGGUAUUCUAUUUUUAUGUGACUCUAUGAUUCCAUGAAAGGCUUCUGUCUGACCCUAAAGCAGCAUUUAAAGAGGAAGAUAAUUUUCUGUGUAAAGGGAUUUUAAAAAUUUGGGAAAUCUUUGAAACCUGUUGGGAUAAAAAUUCUUCCUAAGUGCUGUCAAGUUAAAGCUAAACACAUUCAGUCUGAAAGCAGGAAUGCUUAACCCAGAGGGUGGGAAGCCACUGGAACAAUACCUUAGGGGCACCGUGGUUCUGCUUCCCUUGAAGUCCUUGGAUCAGUCCUAGUGGCCUUUUCUAAACAUAUGUCCUAGUUCAAUGAAAAAUUAUGCUCCUUACCACAGGAAAAACGAGGCAAAUCUCUACAGAUUACACUAUACAAAGGGCCAAACUAUGCAGUCAUUGAUGACUUCACACAGCCUUCAGAAAUUCAGUAACCCGUAAAAUAUUCACUCACCUGUGGUGAGGUAUUGACCAAGAGUAUGUCUGGCCUUUUUUUUUUAAGCUCCUCUUACUUUACCAACUACUCUUUUUGAAUCUGCAUUUCUUUAAUAUUGAAUUUCUACAAGAAAGUGCUUUUUCUUCCCCAUCUCUUUUUCACUAGUUGUUUUUCUGAUUUUAUUUAUCAACCUGUAAUUCUGCCAAUUCUGAAAUAGAAUUUAUAUGAAAAAACAGCUGAGGCUUGUGACUGCAGAAAAGAUUGUUCUUUUAUGCAUAAGAGCUCUCCAACUGUUCUUUCAGUUCUUUGAUAUGUGACUGGCAGGGAACACAGAGCAAGGAGAGUCUAGUAUUUACAUUUAUUUUUAUUACAGAUUUGUGUGGAUCUUUCUUGCUAGGUGGAAGUUAGUGGUAUAUUGCAUUGCUAUUGAGCUUGAUAAGACUAAGCAAUAGUAAUUGCUGGGUUUUGAGUGUUAACAAUGGGAAUCUUGAUUUUCCAUGCUAUGGACCAGCUAAAGCAGACCUGGCUGGUUUAAGUCCAAUCCUUCCAGAGCAUGAGACACAGCUGUGGGUUAGUUUGUUUUUGUUUUUGUUUUUUU